UAAAUUGUUUAAAUAAAGUGAACAGCUUCAAAAAUCUUUUUUUUUUUUUUUUUUGAGUGUAUUUGAGCAAAUUGCUCAUCUGUAUUUGUAGUCUACUGCCCCCUAGUGAGAUAAAAUCAUUAAUGUGCUACUUUCUUAGAGCUGCAACUAAAUCAUGUUUUGUUAUUAAAACAUUUAUGUUCCAGAAACACUGAUAAAAACAAGAAUUAAAGGUUGUCUCUGUUUUAUGUCAUCCCCAGCCCCCUCCAUGGCUCUGCAGGUCUUGGGAAUCACUCUUUCAAUGGUUGGAUUUGCAGGAACCAUUAUCAUCUGUGCUCUGCCCAUGUGGAAGGUAACCGCCUUUAUCGGCACAAACAUUGUGGUGGCACAGGUCUUCUGGGAAGGACUGUGGAUGACGUGUGUGUACGAGCGCAUUGGGCAGAUGCAGUGUAAACUGUAUGACGCCCUGCUGGAUUUGGAUCCUUCUCUACAGGCAGCACGUGGGCUAAUGGUGACCACCAUGGCUUUGGCAUGCUUGGCUUUCCUCAUUUUUCUGGUUGGGGCUGAUUGUACCAACUGCCUAAGUAACCCACGCGCCAAAGCACGGAUUGUUGUGGUAUCUGGGAUUACCUUUAUGCUUUCUGGACUGACUACUGUGGUGCCCGUGUCCUGGACAGCCGACUCCAUUAUAAGAGACUUCCAUAAUCCCAUAGUGCAUGAAGCAUUAAAGAGAGAGAUGGGGGCAGCCCUCUACGUGGGCUGGGUGACAGCGGGGUUUCUGUUUGUCGGUGGAGCUGUUCUCUGCACCAGUUGCCCACCAGAGCGGGACAACUAUUCACCUAGAUACACCCUAACAAAAUCUGACACCCACAGUGGCUAUGCCAUAAAGAAUUAUGUCUGAUAUACAGAAAAUGCCACUGAGUAAAGCGGACACACUGGUCAAAUGUAAAAGCGAUAUGUCGUAUUGUACAAGUGUUAAAUGAAAAACGUCAUCAGAUCCUAAAGAAUUUACUUGGCUUUUGAAUUUUCUAUGCUGAUUAAGAAAAGUUGGAUUUUUAAGUGAUUAAAAAAUCUCUCUUUCUCUCUUUGACCAAACAAAGGAAUUAACCUUUUUUGUUCUUGUCUUGUGUACUCAUCUACAUAUAUUUGUUCUUCUGUAAAUAAAAUAAAAACAUUAGAUGACACAACAUUUCAGCAUGU